AUGGCCGAUACAUCUCCACCUGAAAUGACCGCGGACUUCAUUACUUACAGUAAUGGGCCAACACUUCUAGCGCAGGUCGCCCCUAUCUAUGCAAUAGCAGCAUUGGUUGUUUUAGGAAGAUGUUAUGUACGAGCUGUUAUUGUCAAGUCGUUUCGAUGGGACGAUUGGACAAUGGUCAUGUGUUUGGUAUUCGCAACGGUUUGCUUUGCGGCGUACGUGACUGAGAUCCACUUAGGCGUCGGCAAGCACAUCGCUGUAAUCACUUCCGACAAACCACGUUAUGCACAGCUCCUUAAGUUUCGCCUAGUACACAUGACUACCGUCAGUGUCGGAAUCGUUCUGGUCAAGGUCUCAGUGUGUCUCUUCCUAUUACGUCUGGUCACGAAGAGAGCACAAGUCUGGUUUCUUUGGGGUGUAAUCUGCUUCCUGGUUCCUUUUGUAUUGGCGAGUCUUGGAACAUUGAUCUUCCAGUGCAAUCCGGUCGCAGCUGCGUGGGAUAUCGACUUGCAACCACCACCUAUUGGAACCGGUACUGCGAAAUGCUUUAGUGGGGACACUUUCGAUGCUAUUGGAUUGUUCAAUGGAAUAGUGAACAUCUCUACCGAUUUCCUCCUCGCUCUCGCUCCCGUACCUUUGAUCUGGAAGCUCCAAAUGCCGCUCCGUACGCGACUCUCCCUCGUCGCCGUUCUCUCUCUUGGUAUAUUUGCUGCUGUCGCUGGUAUUGUUAGACAGCUUUCCUCCAGUCAGUUUGGCGUCCCAGAACCAUACAUUUACGACACAUAUUCUAUCUGGAACUUCAUCGAGCUCGACAUGGGUAUGAUCGCAGCGUCACUGCCAGCUCUCAAACCACUGUUCAGCUGGUUCCGCGACACUGCCCGAGACUUGACUGGAAAGUCAAAAUCGACAACUGCAGAUGGUUAUCAAAGGCAGGUACAUCCAGUGGCUGACGAUGGCUUUGCCUUGAUAGAAUAUGGAUCGAAAGGAGUGGUCAGUGUCACAUCACGGCCGAGGGAGUGCAUUGACAGAUGGGUGUUCGAUCGGACGAAGAGCAGUCAGGAAAGCAUUUUAUCGCAUGAUGAAAGGUCUGUGAAAGCAGGCAUUAUGGUUACAAAGAGCUUGCAGGUAGAGUGA